AGUCUGUAGUUCUACUUUAUCUCUCUUUCUCGCUCUCUCUCCAUAUAAUAUUCAGCUUUUUCAUCGUUGUACUCGCUAACAGAAGCCACGAUUUGUUGUUUUUCUAUUGUGGCUCGUUCAUUCAUAACAUAUUCGCUUCGAUCUCAAAUUAAGGCAAUACUAUCAAAGGCAUACGUGUACAUGCACACACAUGUACACAUAACAUACCUACCAGGCAUACAUAUAUGUGUGUGUGUGUGUAUGUGUAUGUGUGUGUAUGUAUAUAUGUAUGUAUGUUUGUAUGUAUGUAUAUGAUUUAGCUGACUAGGUAAUAAUUAUCACGGUUACAACAACAGUAAUGGCUAACAAUAUAAACACAAGAACAAUAACAAGCUAAACUGUAUCCACAAAACAGCGACACCAGCGGCAAUAACUACAACAUACAGACAGACUCCGAGCGAAGUCGAACGAAUAAAAGGAAACUGCCAGCUUCAUUAUUUCCGACGCAACUAAAAUUUUCAGCGCAACUUUUUUUUUUCCUUCCUUGAUAAAGAUCCAACUUCGCGUAGUGUGCGCGCAUACAUACAUACAUACAUACAUACACACACACACACACACACACACACACACACACACACACAUAUAUAUGAUCGAUAUAUAGAUAGAUAGACAGUCAGACAGACAGAUACACGCGCACAUAUACAUACCAUCAAAGCAACAGGAAACAAAAAAAAAACAUGUGAAAACAUAAAAAAAAAAUAACAAGCAACGAAUUCUGUAUCUGUUUCAAUAUACUCAAGACAUCCAACAAUAAGAACACACACCAGCAAUUAUUCACAAAAUAAUAUACAAUUUAAACAAAUUAUUCUUUCCAGAUUAUAUUAUAUGUAGCGAUAGGUUCUUAUAUAAAGAACAGAACUUUAGGCUUCACGAAAUAGUGAUUUGAACACGGAACAAACAGCAGCCAUGUAUUUAAUAAGUAAGCGCAAACCGUUCUUAUUGAGAUUAAUCUAAUUGUUAGUAAAUUGUUUCGAACGUGAUGCGUACGAUAGUAAUUAUUUCUGAUUUUUCUGUUGCCGAUUCUAUUUGAACUCGUGUACUGAUGCGUCUAAGUUAAUAGGCAGAUCGAUGAAUCACUCUGAUAAACAACCACUUUGUUAAUAGCAGGCGUGUAAAGUGAAUUGUAUAUCUAUCUAUCCAUACAUACAGACACACAAACACAACAUAAAGAGAGAGAGAAAGAUUUAAGGAUAUACAUAGACACCUGUAUAUAUACCUUCACACAUACAUACAUAAAUACAUUCAUACAUACUAUCACACAUCCAUACGAUGCUAUACAAUACAGUACUAUACAUACUUAUUUUAUCAUUGGAACCAGGGGAAUGAAACGGAAGUCCGAUGCCACUGAGAUUUAGACUAAGAGUGUAACGUAAUAAAGUCAGGUACCGUACCAUCUGCGCCGUCUCCCAGUCGGAUAAGGCUAACAUCAGAAUAUAAGGCGCGGACGAUGAUUUUCAUGUUGAAAUGUUGUUAAGAACUGUCUAAUGCAACUGUGUAUGUUUCACAACGGGAAGCUAACUCAUCCAGAGCUAGUGUCAAUGGACAAGGUCAUUAUUGCUACUGUAUCUUUUGGAUGGCUCAUGAGAUAUUAUCUAUACUAGAAUAAUCCGAAAAUCAAUAUAUACUAUCGAAAACGUUUGGAACAAUUCUUUCCGCCUUUCACUCUCCUUUAUCUCGAAGUUUUGUGAACGCAACGAAAUUUGAAACACCAUUAUUGACAAGUACAUCAAAAGAGACUGACAGUAUAUAUACCAGGCUUUAAGAAAAUCAGAACUUGGGUCGAUCCUUGAAGACGGUGCUCUAACAUGGCUAAAGUUUAAUGACUGAAAUAAGUAGAAGGUGAAAGAAUAUACUUUACCAGAGUUGUAAGAAGAUAAACUGCAAUCACAUAAAAUAACUUUAACUUGAGAGAUCAUUUGAAGAGAUUCACACACUAAUUUAUCUUGUUUGUUUAAAUUAUCUCUCAUAUCCCAACAUCUCGUAUUCGAAGUCAUUUUAUUCAUGCAAAGGUAUUUACUUUAUUUAUGGACAUCUAAGAAACCAGUGUAGCAAUGAGAUGAUUCCAGUACUAAUAUAAAUGAAAAACUGUUAUAUAUUUUGGUGAAAUUAUUGCUCCGACAUAGGUAUCCUCUUAAACAAACCGUCAAAUAACAGCAGUGUUACGAUGGCGUACUCAAACAACACUAACUAUCAACAAUUUAUUUACCAGAGAGAUCCACUUAGAGAGGCUUUAGAACUUUAUGGCACGCCGACAGUUAUAGCUUUUGGCGUGUUUGGUAACAUUUGGGCAAUGUUAACGUUCUAUUACACUAGUAUUAAACGAAUUCCAGCUACACAUUCUAUGAUGGCGUUAGCAGUUGUUGAUAACGGUGUCCUCAUUACCAUAUUAUUGAUGACUUGGCUUCCGAGACAGAGAAUUGACAUAUACAACAAAUAUGGCUGGUGUCAAAUAAUAAUUCUUUGUAACUUCGUUAGUAUAUUCCUAUCACCAUGGUAUCUAGUCUGCUUACUUAUAGAACGAUAUCUUGAUUUGGUUCACCCCUCUUCCCAAUGGCGAAUAAAAACAACAUUUCGUGCACGCCUGAUUUCAAUUGGACUGGCGAUUUUAGCACUUGCCUUUUAUCUGCACAUUGCAUGGAUAUUUGGCGUAGAUGAACAAAGUAACCUAUGUGGUUUGUGGCCAGGUAGCGCGAAUUAUUAUCAUAAAUUGAAUAUUAUUGACACUAUCAUUGUUGUUUUACUUCCGACUAUUUGUUUUGUCGUUCUUUUAUUUCGACUUCUUUUGUACAUGUGGUACGAUUGCCAAACUCGCCGCUCUCUAAGAUGUCUCCAGCCGAAUUUACGACAAAAUGCCAACACAACCACGAUCGUUACCAAUUAUAAACCAAAUACAGUGAUUAAUAAUCCAACAAAUGAAAGGAUCUGCCCCACUGACAUGGGGUUUGAUUUAACGACCAUGGUAACAACUAUAACAUUUGCUACAAUAGUGCUGACUUUAUUAAAUAAUGCCAGCAGAGUUGCGAUGACAUUUGGUAACAGACGAUUCACAAAGAUUAUUUCAUACUUUAGCAUUGUUAAUAAUCUAAAUUAUGCUUGUCGUUUCUAUAUUUAUUUUAUUGUGUCCCCAACAUUUCGUUAUCAUCUUCGUGAAUUACUUCUUAAGACAUGCAAAUGUAUUAUUGUUGACUUCUGUCGUCCACGAACGACUGAACAAGAUGUUCCAGCCCAAAGCAUUUCUAACAACGAAAUGCAAGCAAUUCCGAAUGACACACAAAACUGAGUUUCAACUAAAUUGAAAUAAAUUUGUAAUAUUGAUUUGGCUUUUGUUGAAAACGGCAGUGCAUAGCAAAAGAUACGUUUUUUUUAAAAGUUUUAUGUGGCUUUCAAUUAUAAUAAAUGUAAUGCUCAUUCUUAAACUACGUUUCUCGAAUCUUAUUCAAAUAAGCGAAUUUUGAAUGUUUAUUCUGAAAAAUAACAUGAGGUUUUCUUUUCCUGAAAAUUAGUUCUAUAUUAUUGGCUUUUUUCAUAUUCACAUAUUUUAAUUUAAUUCAAUUUAAUUUUCAAAAAAAAAAGUAUAUUUUAGAUAAACAAGACAGGGUUUAAACCUGAACUUCCACAAUCUAAAGUCCUCGAUAUUUUCGCUGCACCUGAUAUUUUAUAACAAAAUUUAACAUCUCUAAGUAUAGCAAUUCAAAUUCGCUGAAGAAACAUCAAUUAAGGUUUUAUGUUUUAUUUCUUUUUAUAAAUCAAAUUUAAUUGAUAUCCGUUCAUUAAUAUGCUAUGAAUGUAAUACGUAUGAAGCAAAUUAUGAGUUAUGACUUAAUUAAAUUGACUUAUUAAAUAUAGCACAAAUAAAUAUCAAACAAGAUAAGUCUAAGUCGUAAUAUCAAUGCUUCUGCAGCUAAAUAUGUAUAUAUUAUAUCAGAGAAUAUUCUAGGGGAUGACAUUAAAAUUCUCUAUAGCUUUUAUCAAAGUAAUAAAAGAAGAGAUUUUGUCCAAACAGUUCAAUCUGUCUUGAAAAGCCAUUUCUUUUUUGUAUAUCGAAAAUCUUCAAAUAUUCUUGCGAAACGUCUAUAUAUUCAUGAAACGUCUAUAUAUUCAUGUUAAGUUGUUUUCAUAUGAGAUCUCAAAAGAUGUGUCUGUAAAUAUAUAUUAUUCAGGUGUGACAAUUCUGUAAAAUUGUAUUUCUUUGUCUUUUCAAUAAAUUUAGUAUCCGUUUAA